ACCUGACGGGAUUGUUGUUGUUCCGGUAAGGGCUGGGAAAUGUCCUGACUUGUGGUUUAAACAGUGAACGCGGUUAAAGACCUCGCCGACAUGGCUGCGGCUUAUUUCACUCAGCGGUUGCUCACGUGCGCGGUGUUGAAUCCAGUAGGAAAGCGCGCGAGACCGGCCGUGAGAACUUUGUUUAAUCGCGAGCUCCGGGACCUGAAGCGCAGCCGCGCGCGUGAAACCGCAGUUUACCGACUCGCGAGAUGCCGCAGAGAUUUCCACACAACAAACUCCGCGACGGUCGCAAAGCUCCUGACGGCGGAUGAGCUGUUUAACCGGAAAGCCCUGCAGGAGUACCUGAGGACGGCGGAAACGGAAUACACCGAGUGUCUGCGGGCUGUAAAUACUGCGCCCCUGCAAACACGCGAUGAGGAGGUGAGAGCAAGAAGGGCCAGAGUGACCGCUUUAGGGCCUCUGGUCCAAAAAAUCAGCGAGCUGGAAUCAAAACAGAGGGAUUUUCAGGAAACCGAGUCAUUACUGGAAGAAGAUGACCCCGACUUACGCGAGCUUGCAGAGGCGGAGAGGGAGAACUGCCUGGCAUCCAUUCAACAGCUCAAACAAACGAUUCUCUCUCUUCUCAUCCCUGAGGAAGAAUCAGACAUGAGUGAUCUGGUCUUAGAAGUCACUGCUGGGGUUGGAGGUCAAGAGGCCAUGCUUUUUACAGCAGAGAUAUUUGACAUGUAUCAGAAUUAUGCUGCUUUCUAUGGCUGGGGCUUUGACACGUUGGAAUACAUGCCAAGUGAUCUAGGGGGUGUACGACAUGCCACAGCCAGCAUCAGUGGUCCACUGAGCUAUAAGAAGAUGAAGUUUGAAGCAGGUGUCCAUCGGGUCCAGAGAGUCCCAAAGACAGAGAAACAAGGCCGCAUGCACACCAGCACGAUGACGGUGGCGAUAUUACCACAGCCGACAGAGAUCUCCUUCACUAUUAACCCCAAAGACCUGAGGAUUGAAACGAAAAGAGCCAGCGGAGCUGGAGGGCAACAUGUUAACACGACAGACAGUGCUGUUAGGAUCGUCCAUUUACCAACAGGCACAGUGUCCGAGUGUCAACAGGAACGCUCUCAGAUCAAAAACAAAGAAAAGGCCAUGAAGUUGCUGCGGGCCAAGCUCUACAGUGCAAAGCUGGAGGAGGAGACGAGUAAGAGAUACCAGGCUCGCAAACUCCAGAUUGGCACCAAAGGCAGAUCAGAAAAAAUCAGGACCUACAACUUUGCUCAAGAUCGGGUCACUGACCAUCGGAUUGGGAAAACUCUGCAUGACGUACAUGGGUUUUUAUUAGGGGAGGAGCUGCUGGAUGAGAUGAGCAAGUUUUUACAGCAGUUUUCUGAACAGGAGGCUCUCAUGGACAUUAUCGAAGGUCAAUGACUGAGAUCAAUAAUGAUAUAUUUAAUUUAAAAUAAUGAAUAAAUGCUUUUCUUUGAAGCACUAUGUAGUAUUGCUUGACUCUCACUGAGAAUAACAACGGUUCCCUGUUGUGUUUAAACCAUGUAAAUCUUAAUCGAACGUCAACCUAACAUAUGCUUCAAUGUAAUCAUGUACUCAUAUCUAUGCAUUUAUUUCUACAAAAGGUCUCCAGCUUUUGCACAAAGGGCAGCAUUGGCACAAAUGUGACCUGAACUAUAAAUCUUCCCAGAGGUGUUAUGCGAAUAAACACCUGGAAUUUAAUGUUCAGCUUGUCUGAUGCUGGAGAUUACAAGAUUUCAAACCUCAAUCUGGAAGAUAAAAUCUCAGUGGUUCAUAGCAUCCAGAGUAAUUCUUUCCAUCUUGGUGAUUUCAGACAAACAGAAAUAACUGACCAAAGCAUGAUUAAAGUCUUGGAAUUGGAUAAAUUCAGUAAAGUCGGUUCAGGAAAAUAA